CCCGGUCCUCGCCCCGGUGCCACCCUCCGGGCCGUGCCACGCUCGCCCCGCGGUAACCGGACUCUGGACCCGGAGCGGGUGGCACAGCCGAGAUAACGCGGGGAGGGUCAAAGGCUCCGGCUGACGCAGAAGUUUCCCGGUGCCGCCGCCGGUGCCGUGCGGAGCCCCCCCGGGAACCGGGGACCGGCCCUGCCACCACCCCCUGUCCCGGCGGGGCUGCGGCUGCCACCGCCCCUGAGCCCCCCGACCCCUCCCCGCAGCGGCUCCCGCCGUGACAACCGAAUUCGGAGCCGCGGCCCCGCAGCCCGCACGGGAGGGGGCUCGGCCCGGUGCCCCUCUGCCCGCCGGCCAUGGGCAGCCACGAGAAGGAGCCGUGCUCCCCGAAAAGGGCCCUGUCCCGCUCCAGCAGCACCGUCUCUUCCAAGCACAGCAGCGUCCAGCAGGGCUCGGAGAGCUGGGAGGUGGUGGAGGAGCCCCGUGGCCGGGGCAGCCCCGGGCAGCAGCCGCAGCGGCACGAGGGGUACCUGCUCAAGAAGAGGAAAUGGCCCCUGAAGGGCUGGCACAAGCGGUACUUCGUGCUGGAAAACGGGAUCCUGAAAUACUCCACCACGCGCCAGGACGUGCUCAAGGGCAAACUGCACGGUGCCAUCGACGUCCCCCAGUCCGUCAUGUCCGUCAACAAGAAGGCGCAGAGGGUUGACCUGGACACAGAGGACAACAUUUAUCACCUCAAGAUCAAGUCCCCGGAGGCGUUCUCCAGCUGGGUGAGCAGCCUGUGCGCCCACCACCGCGGCGAGCGGCCGGAGCCGUGUCCCCCCGCGGGUCCCGCGGGCACCGGGACGCAGGGCCAGUGGACGCGGAUCCUGCCCUCGGGCAGUGCCCCUGCCCUGUCCGCGCUGGCCAGCUCCCGGGACAAGGUGGACGCGUGGCUGAAGGACAGCGAGGGGCUGGAGCGCUGCUCGGCUGAGCUGUCGGAGUGCCAGGCCAAGCUGCAGGAGCUGACGGGAAUGCUGCAGCACCUGGAGGCCCUGCACCGCAUCCCCUCGGCCCCGCUCAUCCCCGGCAGCCAGCCCUCGGCCGCCGCCGAGAGGCCGAAGAAGGGCCGGAGGAGCACCAGGAUCUGGUGCACGCAGAGCUUUGCCAAGGACGACACCAUCGGCAGGGCGAGGGCGGGCCGCCUGCACGGCUCUGUCCCCAACCUGUCCCGCUACCUGGAGCCAUCGCAGAGCCAGCUGCCCUUCAGCGUGCCCCCGGAGUACAGCCAGCUGCAGCGCAGCUUCUGGCUGCUGGCCCAGAAAGUGCACGGCUCGCUGAGCAGCGUGGUGGCCGCGCUGGUGGCCGAGAGGGCCCGUCUGGAGGAGAUGCGGCGGGCGCUGCCCCGCCCGGGCCCGGCCCCGCGCCCCGGCAGCGCCGGCACCGCCGGGCCCGCCCUGCGCCGCUUCCACUCGCUGUCCGUGUCCUCCGACACCACGCUGGACUCCUUCGCCUCGCUGCAGCCGGAUGAGCCGGACGCGCUGCCCGCCAAGGGCCGGGAGCAGCAGCUCUCCAACCGCAGCAUCGUCUCGCUGGCCGACUCGCACACCGAGUUCUUCGAUGCCUGCGAGGCUUUCCUCUCGGCCAGCUCCUCUGAGAACGAGCCCUCGGAGGACGAGUCGUGCAUCAGCGAGGUCACCGCCGGUGUCUGCGAGGAGCCCGCCGAGCCGGGGGGAACGGGCCGCCCCCCGACAGGAGCGGAGCGCCCGGGGGUACCGGCGGAGCCGCCGCCGCCGCUGGAGCCGCCGCUGGAGCUGCCGGGACCGGACCCGCGGCGGAGGAGCCGCCUGCCCGCGCCCCCCGCGCCCACCGGGGACGUGAGCCUGUGGGGGCUCCUGCGGAGCAGCGUGGGCAAGGACCUGUCCCGCGUGGCGCUGCCCGUGCAGCUGAACGAGCCGCUCAACACCCUGCAGCGGCUCUGCGAGGAGCUGGAGUACAGCCAGCUGCUCGACCGGGCCAGCCGCGCCCGCGACCCCCGGCAGCGCCUGGUGUACGUGGCCGCCUUCGCCGUGUCCGCCUACGCCUCCACCUACUACCGGGCGGGCAGCAAACCCUUCAACCCCGUGCUGGGCGAGACCUACGAGUGCGUGCGGCCCGACCGCGGCUUCCGCUUCAUCAGCGAGCAGGUGUCCCACCACCCGCCCAUCUCCGCCUGCCACGCUGAGUCCGACAACUUUGUCUUCUGGCAAGACAUGAGAUGGAAGAACAAAUUCUGGGGCAAAUCCCUGGAGAUCGUCCCCAUGGGCACCGUCAAUGUCCAGCUGCCCAGGACCGGGGACCACUACGAGUGGAACAAGGUGACCACGUGCAUCCACAACGUGCUGAGCGGGCCCCGCUGGAUCGAGCACUACGGGGAGGUGCUGAUCCGCAACACCCGCGACGCCUCCUACCACUGCAAGCUCACCUUCUGCAAGGCCCGGUACUGGGGCGCGGGGGCCAACGAGGUGCAGGGGGCCGUGCUGAGCCGCGCCGGGACGGCCGUGGAGCGCCUGGCGGGCAAAUGGCACGAGGGGCUGCACCGCGGGCCCGGCCCGGGCCACUGCGUCUGGAGAGCCAACCCCAUGCCCCGCGACCACGAGAGGAAUUACGGCUUCACGCAGUUCGCGCUGGAGCUGAACGAGCUGACGCCGGAGCUGCGCCGCCUCCUGCCCUCCACCGACACGCGGCUGCGGCCGGACCAGCGGUACCUGGAGGAGGGGAACGUGCCCGCGGCCGAGGCGCAGAAGCGGCAGAUCGAGCAGCUGCAGCGGGACCGGCGCCGCGUCAUGGAGGAGAACAACAUCACCCACCAGGCCCGCUUCUUCAGGCGGGUGACGGACGCCGCUGGCAGGGAGUCCUGGGUCACCAACAACACCUACUGGAAGCUGCGCCUGGACCCCGGCUUCUCCCAGCUGGACAGCGCCGUGCUCUGGUAGCCACCCCCAAACCCGGGGGGUGCUGAGCCCCCCCAGCUCCUCACAGCAGUGCCCAGCGGUGGGGCUGGUCCCCCCAGCACUGGGGGUGCAGAAUCCCCCCCCCCCCCAACCCUUUCCGAGCCAUUUUGCCGCUGUUUCGGUAAAACUGUGAUACCAAAAUGGGAGGGGGGGCACCGGCAAUGCCUCCCCCCGGCCCAGGGCAGAGCCUUGAGGCACUUUGGGGCAGGGGCUGGCGGUGCCCCCCUGCCCUGGGGGGCACAGGAUGAUAAUGGGGGGUUUAGGGGGUCGCAGGGUGCCCGCGGGCGGGGAGACCCCAUUGCCCCCCCCCAAAUUGUGCACAGGGCUGCUCUAAUAAAGGCUGUGAAGAA